AAAAAUGGGUUUUGUGGCAGUGUUCAUUUUACCCAAAUAUUUUUUGUUACAAUAACACAUACAUAUUUCGUUUUAAGACAAAACAUAAGUGUAUUGUGUUAUGCUAAAUCAAAUUGUUCUACUCUCUGGUUUACUUAACUACCAAUCUUUAAACUAACGUAACUGUUUUAAUUUUGCAAUUCAAAACAACCGGAUGUGACGUUUUCUAACGACUCUCAUGAAGACGGCGCGAAUCUCGAGAAGACGGCGGGCGCAUGAGAUGGUGUGAAGUAUCCGUCUUACCACAAUGACUUCUCCAGUCCGGCUAAGAAUCAUUCUUGGAGAGCAAAACUCACAAAAGGUGAUCCUUCAGCAUGGCAUCCCUACUUCACUGAGUGACCUGUCAAAGGAAAUCGAAAAACAAUGUAACCUAAAAGGACAUUUUAGGCUGCAGUUCAUGGAUCCUGACUUUGACAAUGAGUUUAUGAAUCUCAUGUCCACAUCUGAAAUUCAAGACAAAAGUACCCUAAAAGUGGUAUUUCCGACAACACCAAGUGACCGUGACAACUCGCCUACACCACAACUGGAUACAUCUCAAAGUAGGAGUACCUGCUCAUCCCCAGCUCUAUCACUUUCAUCCUGUGACACACUGAUUUUGUCAUCCCCAUCUACUUCAGCAAGCUCUGGCUGUGUUGCAAGUGUGUCUCCUGAGUCAUCUUCAAGAAUUAAGUCUUCUGCAUGGCCAGCCGUUUUCACUGUUCCCCGUUUUGCAUAUGACGCUGAGCUCAAAUUAGAUCAAGGUAAUGCAGCCUUCAAAACACACGGCACUUUUCUCAGUCCUGACCCAAAGCUGAAAAUAUCAAUACUAGAUGGGCUUGCUGAAGAAAUUGUGAGAUACAAAGUCUACCCUACAAAUACAGAGUUCAAUCAGGUGGCUGAAGCCCUCAUUGAAAAGCACCCUUGUUUAAAAGAAAGGGGUUCUGCCAAUGGUUACAGCGGAUGGAAAGCAAGUUUAAAGUACAAACUUGCCAACUAUAGAACAAAACUAAGAAACAUUGGCUAUACUGAAGUUACAGUCAACUCGCUCAAGCACAAACCAGCUGGAAUUUCCAGUCCUGCUUACAAUAUAAAAAAACCUCGCAAAGCUGAGGUGAACUACUGCCCUUCCCAUCCAUUAGGAGAAACACCCGAAACACUUGAAGAAGUCAGAGUAACACUUCUGUCUGAAAUAAAAAAGAAGAACAAUGAGAAAACAUUACGAAUGCUGAUGGACAAGACCUUUUCAAUCCGGAGACAUGAGGUGGUCAAGGAAUCACCUCCAAUAGCAGAUUUCAAAACUAGAUGGCCUGCUCUUUUCAGAACAGAAGAGAUUUGUGCAGAGUUUGAAAGAAUCACAACAGUCCCAUUGGUGUCUACAUACUUUGCGAAGAUGGAUCGAUAUUCUGCUAAACUUAUGAAGAUCUAUGCAAAGUGAGGAGGAAUCAAUGGACAAAGAAUUAAAAACCUGCUGGUUCCCACAACACAGACAGACAACAUUGAUGUGAGGCGAGAGUGCAUACUCCGAUCUCUCUGUGUCUACCUGAAUGAAGACCCGAGCAAUCUAAUGAAUGAGUAUUUGGAUACAGAUGCACCCAGUACUCAGGAGGCGAUCCAGAAGACUGUGAUGGGAGUGUUUGUUGUAAAAAUUGAAGGUUCAGACAUCGAAGACAGCCCAGCAGAUGUUGGAGUGGUAUUGGAGGGCGUGAGAGUUCUUGAAGACCUGAACAACGUAUCGUAUGCGACAGCCAUGCUGAUGGGACUGAUAUAUACACUGAACUUGAGCUACCCUCCUGAACUCAGGUACACUUUUGAAGUACUGCAGAAGUUGUUUCUGGAGCUAGAUGGGAAGAAACUAUCUCAGAAAGUUCAGACGCUGAAGACCAAGCUAUUCUCAGAUGUUUAUGAGUAAGGAAUGUUGUAAUUUUUCACAUGUAAAUUCCAUGUUUCAGAAAAUGGCAGUACAUUCAGAAACGUAAGCAGUGUCUUAAAUUUAUUUUAUGAGGUUAAAGUAUUGUUUAAUUAGAUUUAUUCAGAGUUGUUAAAACAUUGUAAGCUGUACUUAAAUGGUGCUGAGUGCAUCUUAAUUUGUCAGUAAUGUUAACGUUUAUAAUGUUGUUACAGUAACGUUUAACUGUAAUUAUCCCAAAGUUCCUGAAAAAGCUCUGCAAGCCUUGUGAAAUUUCCGAGAAAGGUGCUGAGUGCAUCUUAUUUGCAAUAAACUUUACAGUUUUGUAAUGUUUUUACAGAAUUUACUUUCAAUUGUCCAAAGUUUGUAAAAGCUUUGCAAGCCGUGUGCAAGCUCCCCGAAUGGUGCGGAGUGCAUCUUGUUUAGUCAGUAAACAUUACAGUUGUGUAAUGCUAUUACAAUGUUUAAUUGUAAUUAUCUGGCGUUCUUGAAAAAAAACUUUGGAAGCCACCUGAAUGGUGAUUGGUGCAUUUCAUUUGUCAGUAAAUGUUAAAAGUUUGUAAUGUUGUUCCAUUGUUGUCCAAUUUGAAAAAACUUUGCAAGCCUUAAAAGUUGAUCAGUGCAUCUCAUUUGUCACUGAAUAUUACAAUUAUCCUUUAGGGUAUCUGUAAUUUAAGUGCAAUAAACAUUGCUUGAAGAACUGGUGUCUGAAAUUCUUUUAUAAAUAAAAUGA